GAGGGGGCCUCUGCAGCUUUCACGAUUAAUUGCGAUUCAGACGUUCGAGGCAUUAUUCGUAUUCCCAGAUACUCCGAGAUAUAACCUCCGCGAACCUCGCUGUUUUUUUAUUCGUGAAAGAAACAAGGAGAAAAGUGCCGUGCAAAGCGAAAGAGCGCUUAUAAGAAAAGUGAAAACGCAGAGGAGAGCAGACGACUGCCAGAAAACGCAAAAAAAAAAGAACAGAACGCAUUACAGAAACAUGGCUAGUGCAGAGCAGAAACACGCCACCGGCAAUGGAACCACUGCCAACGGAUGUGCAUCGGUGGUGGAGUCCGAGCAGCCCAAGGAUGCAAAGGACCUGUUGCCGCACCUAGAGUCACUCGAGAGGAUCAUUAAGCUGCCGGUUGUGAAUGCCGCCUGGGACAAAUCACAGGAUGUCUAUGGCAAAGUAAAAGGCAAGAACCGAGUCUUCGAAUGGGCCCUGACCGCUGCCGAGGAUUGUGUGACACGCGCCGUAACAACGGCCGCCCCCUUCGUCACCAAGCUGGACAAACCGAUCGCCUACGUGGACCAGACCCUCGUCAAGGGCAUCGACAAGCUGGAGGUCAAGGCGCCCAUCAUCAAGGACACACCUCAGGAGAUCUACAAUCAGGCCAAGAGCAAGGUUAUCGAUGUGGUGCAGCCCCAUUUGGAGCGCGUGGUCAAGUUCAAGGCCGCUGGCCAGCAGAAGGCUGCCUCCCUGAAGGAUCUCGCCUGGCAGAAGGCCAACGAGGUCCUUGCCACCCAGUACGGUAGUCUGGCCGUCAACGGUGUGGAUACCACCACUGCCCUGGCCGAGCGUCUUCUGGAGUACUACUUCCCCAAGUGCGAGUCCGAUGUGGAGGAGGAUAAUGAUGAUAAACAAAAUGCCGUCGUGCAGAAUGGCAAAAGUUCUGAAAAUGACAUGCCAGUUCCCGCCAGCGAGGACCCAGUCCUACACACAGUACAGACAGUCGGACGGCUAUCCAACAAGAUCUCACGUCGCGUCUAUCGAAAUGUCUCCCGGCAGAUCAAGCAGGUCCAGAAGGGCAACAUCAACGACUAUCUGAGCUCCCUGAUAGCCGCCCUCAAGCUCCAUCAGUACAUCAAUUUUAUCAACUCAUCGAUGGGCACCAAUGUGGAGCAAUCGACGCUGCCCAGUGAGGUAUGCUCACCGUUCGGACCAGGUGGCAGUACCAACUCUACCACCACCACCACCAUUAACAGCAACUCGAACUCCAACUCCAAGUCCUCGUCGACAGCUGUGGUCGCCCCGAAGGGUCCACCCAAAGUGGCCAAGAGCAAACCGGCGGCGGCUCAGUAGUGCUCCAUCCAGAGAAGCCGAAGCCCUAUAUAUUUCAUAUCUAAUGAUAGAUAUUAUCCACCCAAAACACCCACACUAGAGCGCACACAGUUCCCACGACGCCCAUUUUUUUAAAUUGUAUUUAGAAUUGUAAUUUUUUAUUAUUUUUUUUUUGCGUAAAAAUUUUUUUUCCAUUGAGUUCCCGAUGAUAUCAAGUCGGAACCGAUGAUCAUCAGAAGUGGAGAAGGUUUCUUGACCUCACAGUCCCCCCUGCCUCCACACCAAUGUUUGCUUUGUAAAUAUUUAUUUGAAGUAACCCUCCUCACACACACACACCCCCUACCCCCCAACCCCCAACCACCAACACACACACACCCGUAGCUCUAAGGAUCGCAUUAUGUUUAGUAGAGAUCGGGAGAAGUAGUAGGAGCAUUAUCUUUAGCUGUGCUAAAAAAUUCAAAACGUCAGAAGAGUGCCACGAAUGCAUUGAAUAAUACUACAUACUAUAUAUAUAUAUGCCUAUAUAUGCCUAAUAUAUACACUGAUAUAUAUAUAUAUAUAUAAAUAUAUAUACGUUAGCUAUACGUAUCCGUAACCUAUAAAUACCUAAAAGCUAUUUCUAUGAUUUCUAAUUGCUAAUUUGCUAAUGAAAAUGAAUUAUGCCCUAAAAACUAAAAACUAAACUAAACUAGAAUGAUAAUGUUAAUGAUUAAAA